UUAUCACUUUCCACUUUCCUAAUUUAAUCCAAUCGAGUCAGUAAAUUUCGAAUACUUACAAACCAAAUUUAGCCGAAUCAGUGAAUUUCGAAUAUCAGACAGUGUACUCAUAGGUAUGAAGUCUUCUAGUAGAACUAGCUUCUACUCGUGUUCUGGUGCUGGUGCUGGUGCUGGUGCUGGUGCUGCUACGAUUGCUUACUGUACAGAAGGCGUCCAAUCUGGUCCGAAGAUUAUUCAAAUUCCGGUUCAGUCUGCACCCGAAGAUGGAGAUCAUAAUGCUGCUGUAAAGAUACAGUCAAUUUACAGAUCAUACGUAGUUCGAAAUCUUGUUAAGAAGAUCUCAGCCGUUAAUUCUGAAGCUAAUUUCUUACAACGUCUUAUCCAACGACAGGAAACAGUUGAUGCUGUAAGGUCGAGUGAGCGAGAGAGAAUCAAGAUGAACGAGGCACUAAUGGGUCUGCUAUUGAGACUAGACUCAGUACCAGGAGUUGAUCCAACAGUCAGGGAGCUGAGACGAGACCUGAGUCGCAGGAUUGUGGGUCUGCAAGAGAUACUAGAUGCUGUCUCCGACACUAAAAUUCAAAACUGGGAUGGAUUUCUGAUGGACUGGGAUGAUGUCGUUGAGAGAAUGGAAAUGGAUGUAUGCAAAGAGAGAGGCGGCGGCAAUGAACUGGAGACGUUUUGUGCUGAGCAUUUGGGCUUGCGAUGCCUACAAAGGUUUCUCCGCGACCAAUGAUCUUGAUAAGUGAAUAUGUUAUCUAUAUAUCCAUAUAUAUAUCCUGAGCCGAGGGUCUAUCGGAAACAGCCUCUCUACUUCUUCGGAGGUAGUGAUAUGGACUGCCCCCACUAUGUGGGAAUACAUUGGGUAUGUUGUUGUUGUAUAUAUCUUUACAUGUAUCUGAAUUGUAAUCCUGUUGUAUGCCUAUGAAGUUCUCUUUCC